GAGGAGCGCUGCCUCCACUACAUGGGCGCUGCCCGGUGUUCACCGCUCACCGACAUCACUCCUCCUCGAAACUCUACGCAUGCGAAGUGAUUCUCAUCUUUUGGCGUAAGCGACACAGAAGCCCCUGGCCCACUAUGGCAGAUGAUGACUUCUCCACCGCAGAUGCUGGCGCCUCAGCUACAUUCCCCAUUCAGUGCUCUGCACUGAGGAAGAAUGGCUUUGUUAUGUUGAAAGGACGUCCCUGUAAGAUAGUUGAGAUGUCUACCUCCAAGACUGGAAAGCAUGGGCAUGCCAAGGUGCAUCUUACUGGAAUUGAUAUUUUUACUGCGAAGAAGUAUGAAGAUAUCUGCCCCUCCACACAUAACAUGGAUGUCCCAAAUGUGGUAAGAAAGGACUAUCAGGUACUUGACAUCAUAGACGGCUUCCUGACCCUAAUGGAAGACAACGGAGAGACCAGAGAGGAUCUCAGGCUGCCAGACGGUGAUAUGGGCAAAGAAAUUGUGAAAAAACUAGAGAGUGGAGACCAGUUUCUGGUGACUGUGUGGAGAGCUGUGGCUGAGGAGGCUGUAGUUGGCAUUAAGAACAUGACUCCUAUGUAGACCAUGGCAACAGUGGAGACCUCCGAUUCCUAUCGCCCUCUUUGGUUUUAAAGCUUCACCACAGCUACUGGCCUUCAUCACACAUCUCAACCGGUGUCCCACUUCGUUCCUCCCCUCUCCUGCUGUAAGAUGAAAUAGAAAUAGAAACUGGACUCAGUCAGCUUCAGCUGCACUUCACACUCAGACAAGCCUGUCCAUCCUUUGCUUUCAUAGCACCACUGUGUAACACAUGCCAGGUACUAUAGGAGGAGUCUUUGACCAUGUUCCACAAAAUCAUAUCAUUCCUACUCGGGUGUGUUGUUCGCACGCCAGCUAGCUAACUUCAGUUUCAGUAAAAAAAAAUAAAAUAAAUCUCAUCAGCUAUAUUGCAGCUGCACUCUGA